AUGUCUGCCGUCUACACCAUCUUCACGUCGCCGAACCACCCGCUCGUGCCAGGACACUUGCCGACGCUUAUCGUGACGCCGCAUGGCCGGCCGAUGCAGACGCUGUACACGUACCUACACACCAACUCCAAUACCGAGAACUUCCUCCUUACACCCUCCGAAGGCGGCGACCUCUGCGUUGCCAAGCUCUUCCCGCCCGACCAGUCUGGCAGCCUCCGAAGUGCGAGGGCGAGCGGUGGAAGCGGCGUACAAGUGCGAUGUGAGGCGAGUCGCGGGUUGAGUUGGCGGAUUCAGCAGACGGGCAUCCAGAACCCGAUCUACAAGCUCACGCUGCCGAAUCCCGAGAACCCCGAAGAAGAGCAGCCUCUCUUCCAGAUCUCGAAGCCAAACCCGAGCGCUCCCUUCUGGUCCCUCUUCUAUUUCGCCUACGCCGGCCACCUCAUCCCGCCAAAGCGCGUCGAGUUUGGUCGCAUCAGCAAGAACGUACCCGAGCAAGGUGGAGGGACGCGCGUCUCGAUUACGGGAAAGACGGAUGAGGAGAAGGCGGUGUGGAAGACGAUCGGAGAAGGGAACGAGGAUGGCGUCGAGUGGAUCGUCAUUUGCGCGGCGAUGUGCGUUUUGGACGACGAAAUUGUCGAGGCGGCGGAGAAGGCUGGCAUUCCGCCGGCCUCGGGUCCUGCGGGAGGAGCAAAGUCGCGGGGGAACGGUUCUGCACCACCGAUGUUGGCUGCGCCUGUUCCGACGAGUGCCUCGACGUCAGGCGGCCUCCGACCUCCCAGCCCGCACAAAGCCCGCGUCCUCCCUCCCCUACACCUGUCGACCGACCUUCCCCGCUCCGCCUCCUCGAACUCGCUCGGCCAGCUUCACGGUCCCUUCGCGCCGAGUCCGCAGCUCCCUCAAGCGCAGAUGGGUUACCCUGCACCGCCGCGGAACGGACCGUCGCCGUCCGGUUCGCGGCAAACGCCCCCGACUCAGCAACAGCAACCGCCUCCUCGGUCGCGUCCGUCGAGUCGCGGCCAGUCCGUUCCCCCGCCGCCCGAUUCCUCGCAGAACGGCUACCCGCCUCCUCCUGAACUCCCUCAGCACUAUCAGCAGCAGCAGCAGCAGCGAGCGACGCCGCCUCAACCGCAGCAACAAGCGCCUCCUCCUCGCGGGUCGUCUCGCGGCGUCCCGAUGCCGCAGCCUCAGCCUCCUUCCCAGCCCAUGCCACAUCCCCACGAGCAGUAUCGGCAGCCCUCGUCGCAUCCUCAGCAGCCGUACACCCAUCCGCCUCAGCCUCAACAGACUUACCAGCAUCCGAACGGCUCCCAGCAACAGUACUACCAGCCGCCGCCCCAGCAGCAGCAGCCUCCUCCCGACCAGCGACGGUACUACCAGCUUUCCGACGCGCCUGUCCCGCCUCGACCGGUCAGCGGCGGAGGAGGAACUGCGGCAGCGAGGAUGGUGCAGCAGCAAGUCGAGCAGCGGAGGUUGCAGAAGGCAAGGGGCGGGUGA